CAUAAAGUUGUCUCAUAGCAAUCCUUAACCCAGUCAAAACAUUUCAUUCUGAAUCAAAGAGAUCGAUGGCCAUGAAUAUUGUCAAAAUAAUAUCCAAAGAAAUCAUCAAACCUUCUCCAUCCCCAACACCAACUCAACUCAGAACCUACAAACUCUGUCUUCUAGAUCAGUUAUCCGCUCCUAUGUAUGCACCCGUACUCCUUUUCUAUUCACCAACUAUUAGUACCAUACAUUCCAACAUCAGUGAUCACUUAAAAUCCUCCCUUUCGAAAACAUUAACUCAUUACUUUCCGUUCGCCGGACGCUUCAAAGACGCGUUAUCUGUCGACUGUAACGAUCAUGGCGUUAACUUCACUGAAGCUAACGUCGAUACAGACAUGUCUUCGGUUCUUAAUCAGACCGACGCUGAUUUUCUUGUUCAGCUACUUCCGUGUAAUCCGCAUGAUAAAUCACGUAAUUUAGUUGAUCAAGAAAUGUUACUAGUUCGAGUAAAUUUCUUCUCAUGCGGAGGAAUUGCGAUUGGAGUUUGCAUUUGGCAUGCUCUGGCUGAUGCGUCAGCUCUAGCUUCAUUCGUUACGAGCUGGGCAGCAAUCGCUCGUGGUGGUGGCGCUGUUCUUGAAAAUGUGGAUAUGGAUGGUGUUGUUGUUGAUUGCACUUCUCUUUUUCCUCCUCAGGAUCUAUUGGCCUUCUCCACCGGUGAUUAUCUAGAUAAAAAUUUAUUGCUCCCUAGGAUCGUUACUAAAAGAUUUGUUUUUGACGGGUCGAAAUUAUCUUCUCUAAGAGAAAAAAUUGGAGAUCGUCCAACUCGUGUAGAGGCAUUAUCCGCAUUAAUUUGGGGAGCUAUAAUAACCAUAUCUCAAGAAAAAAAUGAUGGACCGUCGCCAAUACCUUAUAUUUGUGUAAAUAUGGUAAAUUUACGCCAGCGGAUGAACCCGCCAUUGCCGAAGAAAUGUAUAGGCAACAUCAAUCAAUUUACAAUGGCACAAUGGCCGACGAACACGGAAAUAGACUACAAGGGUUUAACAAAAAAAUUAAGGCAGUCGAUAAGGAAGAUAAACGACGAAUAUGUAAGGAAUAUGCACGAAGGCGGUGAGUAUUUGAAAUCAGCAAAAUCAGGAGUAGUAGAGGGAGGAAUGAAGAUGAUUUUUAGCUUUACUAGUUGGUGUAAAUUUCCGUUCUAUGAAGCUGAUUUUGGAUGGGGAAAACCUGCUUGGAUUGGCACUCAUAUGGGGCUUAACAAUUCGGCAGUUUUUAUUGAUGCAAAGGAUGGCGAAGGUAUUGAAGCAUGGGUUACUUUGACUAUCGAAGACAUGCUUAAGUUUCAACAAAAUCAUGCAAUCCUCCAAUAUGCGUCCUUCCAACCCUACAAAAUAUAAUUGCAUGAGUUUCUACAUCUAUUUUAAUAUUUAGUACUUGCAUUUUAAAUUGGAAAAUAAUUACUAUCCUGUUGUGAGUUAUUUCUUAAUAAUUAAUAAUAAAUGUAUUCUUGAUUUCUUA